CGUUGCUGUCCCACUCACCAGUGUCACCUUUGUCGCCCUCCGCUGGCCUUAAAAUUGGACUGAAAUAACAAGCCGCGAGAAUCCCGUCCAUUCGAAUCCAACCUGUGUCUGCCUGUGCGGUCGCGUUGUGGUUGAUCGUUUCAUAUGUCGCUGCGCUCACCGUCAGUGUCAUGCUAUGGCCUUUUGGCAUGACCGCCAUGCGACCGCCCCUUCACCUUCGGCCCUCCAUCUCACCCUCCUCUGCCUGCUGAUCGUCUUCCUUCGUCUGACUUCCGCCCUCCAAUACGUCGCAGGGUCGCCUUGCGAAUCAGUCUGCGCCGACGCAGGUACCCUCAACGAAGAUGUGGUCUGCCUCGAUGCAGAUUACCAAGCCCUACCGCAAGGUCGAGCAUACCAGAAAUGCGUGGCAUGUCAAUUGAAUAGCACAGCCGUGGACACGAGUAAGAAUGAGACCGAUGUGGGAUGGGGAUUAUUGGCCUUCCGCUACGCCCUCGCAGGGUGCAUGUUUGCCUGGCCAGAGGCGCAUAUCUCCAUCAGCAGUCCUUGUCAAGUCAGCUGCGCUGCGCUCAACGCGUCCAUCGACUAUCAAAUCACGAAUGAUACGUCUACUGCCAGACCCGGAGAGGCAUUCUGCAACGUAGGGACUUUCGACAGCACAACCAUCAACCGAUGUGCUUUCUGCUAUAGCUUUAUUCCGCAGCAGUUGUUCCUCGCGAAUUUCCUGCAAGCACUACAUAUCUCCUGUGUCCAACCACCCAUUUCGGGCAAGCCAUUCUUUCCCAUUGCUGCCGCCAUCUUCAAUGAGACGCUCAUUGCAGGCCCUGCCGCGACAUCGAACAACACCGGCUCAGGCUCCGGACUGCAUGGCUGGCAACUGGCCGUCGCUAUCGCAUUACCCAUUGUAGGCGGGAUCUUACUCUUCGGAAGCGCAUGCUGGUGCUGCUUCGUAUUCACACGAAAGAGGCGGCAGCGCAUGGCUGAGACCGGACGUAUGAGCCGCAUUCACGAAGCCAACGUCGAUGGCAUGUAUAGUCCCGUGUCUGGCAAGGGCGUGGAAGUAUGGGGCCAAGUUCAACCACCGACCGAAAUGCACGCGAUCAGCCCGACGUAUUUGCAAGCCAAACAUCCAAGUCCAGGAAUGGCGCAAGGUCGAUGGAGUCACCUCCAACCUCAAGCGGAAGGAUCCGAUCAGGGCACACCGCUAAGGAACAGCUUCCAACGCGAAGACGUAGGUCCUGGGACCGGUCAGGUCCAGGAUCCCAAUCUUCAUGAACAGUAUUUUGGUGUCGACGACGAUCCCGAGCCGGACGCUUAUCACGCCUUAUCGGGACCAAGUGAUGGACAACAUCAGUAUCACCAGCCAGAAGCCAUAGGCGUGGCACAUGGGCAGCCCCAUGUGCAUGUGCAGGACUACGAGAGAGGCCAUUUCAUAUGAUGCCGGUCAAGCUUCAAUCGUGGAGAGCGGGAGGAAUGGACGAAUGAUGACCUGACGCCCCCUCUGGUGUUCUUGUGUCUGUCUGUUGAACUCUGCCAGCAGACAAGGAUAGACAUUUUGCUAAGAUGAGAAGAAGUUGUGCAAUCCGACUUGUAGAUGUGGCUCGAUCACAAGCUCCCAUCAGACAUGAGGUCUGAUAGCUGUAAUGAGUGUAGUAUUAUAGGCGUUUGGCAGUCCU